AUGUUGCGAUUGCCUUCAGCCUGCAGCAGUCGCUCUUUUUACUUACAGAAUUUGGAGUCUUGGCGUCAACGCAGGCGUGCGGCCUCCAAAACUUUCUCCUCCAGGACUGCGACCAUUAAUCGAUCUCAAGAGGCGGAGGAGGAACAGGAUGAUUCUAUCCGAGAAUAUCUUCAUCAACUCAAAAUUACUCAGAGUCGUAUAUCCGAUUCGGCUAUUCCACUGAUGCACCCCGUCAAGCCCAACGUAACAUCAAGUCCUGAAUCUGCGAAUCCGUCAAUCCUAACUAACUCAACACCCCCCUGUGACCGUGGUGGCCCGUCGGAGACCGUUCGGAUGAUGCCAACACGAAGCUCCUCUUCGGAGAAUCGAUCCGACCCCUCAACCAUACGAAUUCGUCUCGUAAAUAACGCCGACUAUGUGAAAGCCCAGCACUUGGGCAUGGAGGUCACUGCUAGUGGAAAAAACGAGGGUCCACCCUUCUAUGUGGGCCGCCUUGUGCAAAAAUCAAUGGCCGAACGCGCCAAGCUACGAACUGGUGACGAAAUUUAUUCCAUUGACAAUGUCUGCUGCACCUACAAGGCGGAUCGUCCACCCACGUUAGUUACCUUGUCAAAGGUCAACCAGCUGUUAGAUCGGCUGACUGCAGCUAAUCGCGCAGUGGAAGUGCGAGUCAUCCGAGGUGACCUGGUUUUCGUAUCAGGUGAUGCCGAAGCGUUUCACUCUUUUUCGUGCAUUAAUAAGUUGUGGUCUAUCUCCUGA